GCGAAUCGCAAGGCCGUCGGCGCUACGGGCCGCUUGCAGACAUGGCAUCCGGCCCAUGUCGAGCCAAUUCGGCUUCCAGUCGCAGUGCAAUGCCCAGCCGGCGGAGCAGCAGACGCCACGCGCCAUAUCACUUCCCAUACCCUACGUGACCGAGACCACGGGUGGAGGCUGGAAAACCUCAGACAUCUUCUCGCGUCUUCUCCAAGAGCGCAUCAUCUGCCUGAACGGCGAAGUAGACGACUACAUGUCGGCCAACGCCGUGGCCCAGCUCCUCUUCCUGGAAGCCGACAACCCGGAGAAGCCCAUCUCCAUGUACAUCAACAGCCCCGGCGGCAGCGUCAGCGCGGGGCUGGCCAUUUACGACACCAUGAACUACAUCCGGUGUCCAGUGAGCACGAUAUGCAUGGGCAUCGCCGCGUCCAUGGGCUCCUUGCUUCUUGCUGGCGGUGCCGAGGGCCAGAGAUACAUCCUGCCACAUGCUCGCGUCAUGAUACACCAGCCCAGUGGAGGCUACCGUGGCAAGGCGAGCGACAUUGCGGACCACGCAAAGGAGAUUCUACGGAUACGGGACAAGUUGAACAGAAUCUACCUGACCCACAUCACCAAGAAGCGCACUCUCGAAGAGAUUGAAAAGUACAUGGAACGUGACUAUUUUAUGGAUGCGCAGGAGGCGGUCGACUUUGGCCUUGUGGAUAAGAUACUCGAGCGAAGAGAGGCCCCGGCCAAGGAAGGGGAGAAGAAGUAACGCUGCCCACUCUGCAAGGCCACUGCGAGCUACAAAAGCAGCACCAGCGAUGAAUGAACACAGUUUCC